AUGGCACUGGAGGGACUGAACGAGGGUAUCCGUUCAGUGUUGGAGGCUGCUAAUAUUGAUGAAGCAAUACUGACUACAGUCAAUCGUGAGGAUCUUAAAGACUUAUUUCCAGGUGCUGCGGAUUUUCUACAAAGGAAACAACUAUGGGAUUUAAUCUGCAAAAUGAAAGGAAAUUCUGACCAGAAUGCCAACAUGCAUAUGACUUAA